GGGGGCGGCCGCGGCCCCGGCGGGGGGAUCGCGGCGGCCGUGGGGCAGCGGAGAUGGGGCCGCGGCUGUGAGCCCCCGGAGCCCCAGCACCCAUGCCCGAGCAAGUAGUUGCUGUUGCUGGAGGUGUAAUAGGAGGGAUCCUUUUAUUUGUUCUCAUUGGAAUUACUGCGUACCUGCUCUGGAAGAAAUUUUGCCUCCUGUCUUCUUAUGAAGAGCUCGCUAGUCCUGUCACGACAGCACCUGCAAAGGCCAUUUUGCAGGAUCAAUCAUCUUCUGAAAUUCAGCCAAAAAGCACAAGAUCUAGAAGCGUUCCAUUUAUCAUUCCACCAACACUGCACAGACGAGACUGGAUUAACUUGAUGAAUGAAGAACAAGUUCAGGAAGACAGUGAUCCCGACAUGAUUCCUCAGUCUGGGCCACGGUCAUCAUUUCAUUCUUUGGCUGGAGCUUAUGUUGUAGGGACCAUUAACCCAGAGCUGUACAAGUUUCCUGAAGACCAAAGUGAGACAGAUUUUCCUGAGGGCAGCAUUGGCCGUCUCUGGUUCUCCAUCGAGUAUGAGCAAGAGUCCGAAAGGCUCCUUGUCUCCUUGAUUAAAGUCAGAAAGCUGCAGCCUCCUGCUGAUUCCUGCAGUCCAUUUGUGAAAAUCUACUUGCUGCCUGAUGAAAGACGGUACUUGCAGUCCAAAACAAAACGCAAAACACUUAACCCACAGUUUGAUGAAAACUUUGUUUUUCAGGUUUCCAGUAAAAUGUUGUUCCAAAGUACUCUGAAAUUCUUGGUUUAUCAUGUUGAUAAGCAGAAGAAGCACCAUCUCCUAGGCCAAGUUAUCUUUCCACUGAAAAAUGAAAUAUUAACUGAUGACAGCAAACUAGUUAUAUGGAGAGAUUUGGAGAAAGAAAACUUGGAGCCUCCUUCAGAGCAUGGUGAUAUCCAGUUCUCCCUCAGCUACAACGACUACCUGGGCCGUCUCACUGUAGUGGUUCUGAGAGCAAAGGGAUUAAAGCUCCAGGAUGAGAGCCAUGCUGCCAGUAUAUAUGUCAAAGUCUCACUAAUGAACCAUAAUAAAUUCAUCAAAAGUAAAAAGACAGCAGCUGUUAUGGGAUCCCUCAGUCCAGUGUAUAAUGAAACCUUCAGCUUCAAGGCAGAUCAGACAGAACUGGAUACUGCAAGCCUGAGUCUAUCCGUGUUCCAGAAUAUCGAGGGAGACAGGGACCUGAACUCUGCACCUUUCACACCCUGCAGUCAUAAACCAGAUAAACAGACUAUUGCAAUGGAACAUUUUGUACAAGUAUGCUCCAAGAAGACUGUAAUCUCCACAGCUGAAAUAAAGCUGACUUCCUUUCAAACAGGAUACAACACUAAUUAAUUCAAUAUAUUAAAAAAUGGGCUUCUCUGAGAUUAGAACACUUUCCACUUUGACAAUAUUGUUAUCAUCUACAGGAAAUACUGUGUAUGAGAAUAUAUCUGAGAGGCACUCUAAAAUAACAGACUCCACCUGUUCCCCAACAUGAGAUGUUAUAUGGUACCCCCAUCCUGCAUUGCUUAGCACACCACUAGGUAAAAGAAAGUCCAGACUCAUUAUAUUUAGUUGAACCCUAAAAAAAAAAAAAGCUCAAACCUCAGUGUAUUUUCUCCAGAUGAGUAAUGUCAGUGCCCCCAAACCCAGAGUAGUUUUUUCAAAUUUUACUCCUACAGGACUACUGCAAAACAGACUAAUAGGCAAUGUAUCAGAUCUGGGAAAGAACUAUAUGUAACUUUAUAUAAACUGUGUAUUAGUUGUAUUAGUAUGAUAAAGCAAUUUUAGCAAAUAUACUUUCUCUGCCUUUAUGAUUUAAACCAUAUCAAUAAAAAUUAAAGAUCUUCAAAGUGAGUUGCUAAGGAUGCUUCUGGUAGUUAUGUUUAUUAGUUUGUGCAGGCAGAUACAUGUAAUGCACAAUGUCUAUUAACAAACACCUUUAAACUGGGAAAUGAGGGGCUUUUGUUCACUUGUCUG